AUGGAGUGGAAUCAAGAAACUCUCCAGCGUCUUGCGCAAUGUUUUCUCGACACGCUCUCUCUUGACCAAGAGUCUCGUCAAGCCGCUGAGAAAUUGUUAUCAGACGGAGCCAAUCAACCUAACUACAGCUUAGCCGUUCUCAGAAUAGUAGCUGAGCCAUCAGUUAAUGAACAGAUCCGUCACGUAGCUUCUGUAAACUUCAAGAACCAUCUCCGUUCACGAUGGCUCCCUCCUAGUGAUCAUUCUUGUAUGAUCUCACCAAUGGAAGAUUCAGAGAAGGAGCAAAUCAAGACACUUAUUGUUUCGCUUAUGCUCUCUUGUUCAUCUCCUUGUAUCCAAAACCAGUUGAGUGAAGCCUUAAUAAUCAUCGGUAAGCACGAUUUUCCGAAUUCUUGGCCUUCUUUGCUUCCUCAGCUUGUCGUCAGCCUUGGAAAAGCUGCUAGUGUUAACGAUUAUGUGUCCAUCAAUGGUAUUCUUGGUAUCGCUAAUUCGAUUUUCAAGAAGUUUAGGUAUCAGUAUCUAACCAAUGAUCUGUUUCUUGAAUUGGAGGAUUGUGUUGGUAAAUUUGCUUCUCCUUUGCAAGUUUUGUUCCUUAAAACAGCUGAGUUGAUUGAUGCUGAGGGAUCUAAUGAGAUGAUCCUUAAGCCUCUGUUUGAGUCUCAAAAGCUCUGUUGCAGAAUCUUUUUCUCGUUAAGCUUUCAAGACUUGCCUGAGGUUUUUGAGAAAGAUAUAAGCGGGUGGAUGAAGAAGUUUCAAAAGUAUUUAUCCUCAAGUUACUACUCUGCCUUGGAAAGCACGGAAGAUGGAUUAAGACUAGUUGAUGAUCUUCGCGCUGCGGUUUGCGAGAUUAUUAAUCUUUUUAUGGAGAAAUAUGAAGAAGAGUUUGGUGACUUUAGGGAUGGUUUUGCAUCAGCCAUCUGGAAAUUACUACGAGAUGUGUCAAAGUCUCUUAGAAGAGAUAAACUUGCUACUAAAGCAAUCAAGUUUUUGACCAUCAUUAGCAAAAGUGUUCACCAUACUUUUUUUGCGAGCCACAAUUUAAUCAAGGAGAUUUGUCACAAUAUUGUGAUUCCUAAUGUGUAUUUGAGGGAUGAAGAUGAAGAACUUUUCGAUAUAAACUAUAUCGAGUUUAUCCGUAGAGACAUGGAGGGAAGUGAUGUAGACACUAGAAGGAGAAUAGCUUGUGAGCUACUCAAAGAACUUGCUGUAAACUACAAAAUCCAAGUGACACAAGUAGUUACUAUGGAGAUACAGAGUCUUUUGAGUUCAUUUUCGACAAAUCCGGUUUUACGAUGGAAAGAUAAGGAUUGUGCAAUUUUCUUGGUCGUCUCUCUAGCUACUAAGAAGACAGGUGGUGGUGCAUCUAUGUCUACAGAUCUCAUUGAUGUUCAACUUUUCUUUGAACACAUUAUAUCCCCGGAGUUGCAAAGUCGCGAUGUCAACAGUUCUCCUAUGCUUAAGGCAGGGUCCUUGAAGUUCUUAACAAUGUUUCGUAGUCAUAUACCAAAGUUCGAUGGUAUUAAUAAGUUGUUCCCCGAGUUGGUCCGGUUCCUUACAGCAGAGUCUAACGUUGUCCACUCGUAUGCUGCUAUAUGCAUAGAGAAGUUCUUGCUAGUGAAGGAAGAAGGCGGAGUAGUUAGGUAUGGUGCUGGCGAUAUAAGUCCUUUCUUGUCGCAGUUGAUGAAGAACCUAUUUGAAGCACUCAAGUUUCAAGACUCUGAGGAGAAUCAAUAUCUAAUGAAGUGUAUAAUGCGGGUUCUUGGUGUUGCGGAUAUUAGUCUUGAAGUUGCUAGUGACUGCAUCGGGAGCUUGAAAUCUAUUCUCAGUGAAGUUUGCAAGAAUCCUAAAAAUCCUGUUUUUAACCACUAUCUCUUUGAGUCUGUGGCUGUACUUGUUCGACGAGCAUGUGAACGCAAUGUUUCUCUUGUACCUGAAUUUGAAAGGGCUCUUCUCCCUAGCCUACAAAUGAUUUUGGACAAUGAUGUAUCAGAGUUCUUGCCUUAUGCGUUUCAGUUACUUACUCAGCUUGUUGAGUUAAGUAGACCACUGCAGCUCUCAGAGAACUACAUGCGAAUCUUCUCGGUGCUUCUUGAGCCUAACUCAUGGGAGAGAAAGGGAAACGUACCAGCUCUUGUGCCUUUACUUAAAGCUUUCUUGCAGAGAGUAUCUCAUGAGGUCUGGAUGAGUCAAGUGCUGGAUAUAUUCAAGAAUCUUGUUUCAUCUCCUAGCACAGAUGAGCAAGGCUUUUAUGUUCUUAACACAGUAGUUGAAAAUAUCGGCUACAGUGUGAUUGAACCUCACAUGAAGACUAUAUGGGAUGUUUUGUUCAGACGCCUUGAACGCAAAUAUACAGUCAAGUUUCAAAAGUCGCUUGUGAUAUCCAUGUCACUGUUCUUGGUAAAGCAUGGACCAUGUUUGCUAUUGAAGUCUAUGAACACUGCUAGGGAGAAUGUUUUUACUGCUGUCUUGGAGCAAAUCUGGAUUCCGAAUGUGAAACUGAUCACGGGAACUAUCGAGGUUAAGUUAACCGCGGUUGCUGCAACUAGACUUAUAUGUGAGUCUCCAGCUCUUCUUGAUCCAUCAGCUAGUAAGCUAUGGGGAAAGAUGUUGGAUAGUAUCAUCACACUUGUUUCACGGCCUGAGCUAGAAAUAGUAAUCAUCGAUGAUCCUGAAAUGACAGAUGAGGUCUUUGAGAAUGUUGAAUACAAAGCUGUGUUUGUGAAUCUUUACAAUGCUGGGAGAAAAGAAGAGGAUCCUCUCAAAGAGACUAAAGAUCCAAAGGAGUUCUUGUUAGCUUCUUUGUUUAAGCUUUCUUCUGCUUCUCCUGGUAGAUAUGGACAGAUCAUUGGUGAGAAUGUCGAACAAGCUAAUCAAGAAGCUUUGCUUCAGCUUUGCAAUGCUUACAACUGUGGUAUUGCUUGAAUUUUGCAGGGAGA